GAGAGUAUAUCAGUUCGAAAAUAUAGACAAUAAAACAAGAAGUUAUGUUUUAAAAAUUGAUAAAGUAUAUAGCCUACCCAUGGAGUAAUAGCACAUUUACGAAUUCAUGGAAGUUACCGUUUUACAGCUGUUAGUUAGUAUCUGGUACCGAGGCCGCGUGUUGGUCGUUAAUGUCGAGCUAGGAUAUGUAGCGCAGGUUGCCAGAAGAUCGACAUUCAUACCUGAGCGUUUCGUAGCAGUUUCAACAAUUGAUAUUCUAUACGACUUCGAAACCUAUUCAAGCACAGGCAAAACAAUAGUUCUUCGAUCCAUUGAAAGAUUGAAGCUUUUAUCAAACUAAUCGACACGAUUUCUGGAAACAACGACUUUUAUUUACUUACCCGUCGACAGAUUGUUACGUAGCAACAGUGGUAGUGAUUUAAAUCUGUAACCUUGGAAAUAUAAAUUCUCUGAUGUACAGUAACGGCAUAUUUUACAAGUUGAAAAUUUGGUGAUAACCUGUGCUACGUUGAGGAAAGAAAAGUCAGAUACAAUGGAGCUAACACCUGUGACAAGCGCCAAAGAUGGUGAUCCACUGCAAACAAAAUAUUACUGUAAGGUUGAAAAUUCGGAGAACAUGAAAGUAAUAAUGGAGAUGAGAGCAGUGGAACAGAAAAGUAUUGAACCACUGCCGUUGCGAUAUGUUCUUGUUAUUGAUGUCAGUGGUAGUAUGGCCGAACGUAUUGGAUUGCAUCAAAAGCCACUGAUUGAACGCGUUAAGUUAUUUGCAGAACUGGCUGUUCGGAAAAUGAAUCCACGGGAUUUCAUUGCUGUCGUUACGUUUUCGGAUACGUUUUACGUUGACAUACCCAUGACAAAAAUGACACCAAAUAAUAAGAUGAUGGUGAGAAAUCGAUUGAAGCAUUUAGAAACAAAGACAAAUACAAACUUAGAAUGUGGUUUGAUGGGAGCGCUACAAGUCAUUGACACUGCCCCCAAAAUGUAUCGACCAAGUCGAGACUGCAUUAUUCUAUUUACCGACGGAGAAGCGAACGAAGGAGAACUGAAUGCAAAGAAAUUGAUUGAAAAAUACAAACGAGUCCAGUCCAACAUGAAUAGAAAUUCAGAUGUACCUGUAUCGGCCUUCACAAUCGGAGGUUAUCGCCCAGAUUUGCUUAUAGAGAUAUCUAAACAAUUAGGAAGUGAAUCCUUUUAUUGGUUGGACGAUGAAGAUGAUUUUGAAGCUGAUAUGCUUAUACCUAUAUUUUUGAGAGAAACAACUCACAUCAGUGAUGUGCGAAUCAAGAUGGAUGCAAAGGCAAAUUGUUAUUUUAAACCUCUUGACUACAAUGCAGCGCACCUUACGGCGGUGAAAGAGCAUAAAAUCAAAAUAAAGAAAAACAAGAAAAGUAAGAAAAUCAAAGAGCCGACGAUUCUCUCUUACUUUCUUCAUUCUUUACCCGAUGAUUGCAUCAAGAAUUUGCCGUUUCAUUUGACUCUUCCUCACGUGGCCCUGAACGGAGAAAGAAUUGUUGACAUAACAAUACAAUAUCUUGAUGCAAAUCUGAUGCCUCGUACAAUGCAGGAUUACAUCACAUUAAGUACAAGAUCUUUGAUGAGUUCAAUAAAUGAAGACGCUGUUGUUUUUUCAAACUUCACCGGAUUGAGUGCACACCUCAGAGAAAUAUCAGCAUUUAUUAUGCGCGGAAAUAAGGAAGAAACCGCAUGGAGUGAAGCCCAAGAAGUCAUUUUCAAAAUUGCUGAAGAAGAAUGCAAAAUUGUUGGAGUGAAAAGCAUAACACAAGCUAGCGAAUACGCUAAUGACGAUGCACAAAAUCCCCACGCAAGUUUUCGCGAAGCGUUUGAAGAAAUAAAUAUGAUUCGAAACAGAACUGUUCAAUUACUUCCCAAUGAUGGCGAAACGACUGGAAGACUUGACGAAAUGAUUAAACGUUGGUCCUCUAGGAUGACGCACGCGAAUGACAUUGUAGCUAAAAAAGAUUCUAGAAAUUUCUCUCUUCUUACAUCGAUGGCUUCAUCUAUAAGCACAGAGAGCCCUACAAGCCUAGGAAUAUUUCGAGGAAGACAACCAUUUAUGACCGAAGUUCUUGAAAAUAGUCUUUUGGAGGAAAGAAAGAAUUUGGAAGUUGCCAGACGUAUUCACUCAAGAGAAAAUAUAAAUAUCUAUGAUUUGAAAGAACAGUUCCGUAGAGUGAAGGAAGCGGGUCAUCUUGAAAAGAUGGAGGAAUGUAUGCGAGACUUCAAAGGCCUCGAACUUUUCGGAUACGACGUAGAUGAGGAAUACAUCAAGUACACUGAAGAUGAAAUUGAGCAUCGUCGGGAGCUUGAAAAGCUGAAAAAAUAUCUUGAUGGCGCUAUAGUAGAUCAGGAUAUUUCAAAAAUCGAUAGUAUUAUCACACAGAUUAAGGAGUUGCGAGAUAAAUCUAUCAAUUUAGCGUUUAUAAGUACAGAUUCAGAAGCACUUCAGAAUGGAUCGAAGCAUCUUGCUUUAUUGCGGCAUAAGCGUGCUUUAAGAGGAGAUAUCGCAAACAACAUGCCACAUCUCGAUUUGCCUCUAAUUCCUCAAAAUGUCGAAAAAAUUUCAUCUGCAAUCGAAAGACUCGAAGCAAUGCGAAACGAGGCAAGACAGUUCGAUGAUGUAUUCACUGAACGCGACAAUACAACUCUGAACGUGACAAUUGCUAAUCUUAGUGAAGCAAAAAGGGAAAUGGAUCGAAUUAAACGAAAGAUGGAUGGUUUGAUGUUGAUUUUGCAACUCCCUGGUGAUCCUGAAAACCACGAAUCACUUAAAGAAGCUGUCAGUCAUAUGGAAAAUGUCAAAGCUGAAGCAUACGUGUAUGAUGGACUAUUCGGAACUACAGAAGAUAACGUUCUACAAAAAGCACUUCAGAAUGCAUACACACUGAGUGAUGAAAGAAAAUCACUUCAAGAAAAGAUUGAAUUCCUAAUACCUACAUUACAGCUUCCGAUGCUUCCAAGAAAUUAUUCCCAACUUAGUGAGGCUUUAGAAAAAGUACUUUUGUUGAGAAAACGGGCUAUCAGAUUUAAGAAUUUAUUUACGUCUGAUUAUGAGUCCUGUCUAAAUCAAGCUUCAGAACAUGUUGCUCUUCUAGAAACAAAACGCGAAGAGUUAAAAGAAAACAUUUCGAAAUGUAUGCCUGAUAUUGGAUUAUCAAAAUUUCCGGCAUAUUAUGACAGAAUAAAAACCGCCGUCGAGCAAAUGUCAGAAGCUAAAGAAGAAUCAAGAGGAUUUGAAGAAAUCUUCACAGAAAAGCACGCCGAAAUGCUCCAAAAAGGUAAUGUGAAUUUUAAAAUACUACAGGCAGAAAAAGAAGAUAUUGAAAACGAUUUAAAAGUAUGUUUGCCACAAUUACAACUUCCUAUGAUUCCUGGUAACUUUGAAGAAAUAUCUUCAGGAGUGAAAACUCUGACAAGGAUUUCAGCUCUAGCUAAAGAGUUCGGAUUAUAUGAAGAUGAAUAUGACUCUAUUCUGGAAAAGGCGAUUUUCAAUAGAGAUGUUUUGGCUGAGAGAAAAGAGCAAAUACAAGCAGACAUCGAAAAAGUGAAGGUUGCUCUUCAACUCCAAGCUGUCCCAGAAAAUCUAGUCAAUCUUCGCCUUGCUGUCGAAAAAAUGAAGACGUUGAAAGAGUCAUCUAGUGGUUUUGAGAAUUUAUUUACCAAUCAAAAUGAAAGCGAACUUUUUGAAGCCGCAGCAAAUUUGGAGCAGUUGACAAAGAAGGUCGAGAAAUUGAACGAGGCACGUCAUAAAUUAGAUGAAGCUGUUAUAAAACGAAAUUAUGUAAAACUCAAACAUGCGAUCAAACGAGCAAGUCGUGCCCCAUUUUCCAAUAGUGUAGAUCUUAAAGAACCCCGGAAACUUCUUAAUUUCCUAGAUCCAAAGGAACGGUGCACCGAAGUGAAAGAUGCAAUGGAGCAGCGAGAAAUUGACAAGCUCGAAGAAGCCUUGAUGAACAUGAGAGAAGCUGGUGUUAUUGACGAUUCACUCGAAGACCAGGCACGGGAUACCCUUAAAAAGCUCCACAAACAAAAGAAAAAAGAUGAAAAGAUAAGACGAAAGAUUGAAAGGGAAAGAGCAAGAAGGCAACGAGAAAUGGAUAAACAGAUUGAAAAUGUAUCCAAUGCCAUCGAAGCCAGAGAUAUUGAAAUAUUAGAACAAGCAUUGAAUGAUUUCGAAAACAGCGAGUUCGACGAAGCAGAAUUAUCGAUUGUGCCAGAAGCAAAACAAUUGCUUGAACAUCUCAAAAUAGAACGUAUGCGGAAGAGAUUGCAAGAUGGAGUUUUCAAAAGAGAUUUCAACAUGCUUCUGGAUGCUCUUAUUGACGCUGAUUACGGAAAAUUUGAGACUCAUUUGCAAAAAGAGUAUGACGACGCUAAAGAACUUCUUCUACAUCUACAAGAAAUGAUGAGACUUCGUGAUGCCAUUGCAAAAAUGACGAGAUCGUCUAUAUCAGAAGUUCACGGAUAUCCUAAUCCUCCAAGAAUGGUAAAAAAGAUAAUGAUGGCAAUUUACAUCAUUUUGGGUGAAUCGCCAAAAGAAAUGAAGAAAUGGGUAAAUAUCCAAGCAUUGUUGGGAAGACAAGAUCGAAGUGCCAUAACAAAACGAGUGCUGCGGUUUAAAAUCCAGAAUCUAUCACCAGAAAUUGCCGAGCAAGCAGGGACUUACCUUACGGAUUUUAGUUUAGGAGAUGCUGAAGCGAUAAGCAGUGUGGCAGCAAUGUUCUACGCAUGGGCAAAAUAUGUUGUGAACGAAAUGGAUUUUCUCCAAAAAGAAGAGUUGAAACGUCAACAACAACACGAGGAAGCUGAGCAGGAAGACAAUUCACAAAACUAUGAUCGCGACAGUUUUGACUCAGCUCAUGACGACACUUCAUCAGAGAAAUCCAAGGAACAUGAUGGAGAGGACCACAACCUUCCAAAAACAAUUACAGUGGAUGAAGCUGGUUAUUACGCAGAUGAUGAUUUUGCAUAAAUUCAUACUUAUCACAUCAAAUUUUACAUUUUCCAGUUCCAUAUACAUAUUGGUGGAUAUAUAACCCUGCCAAAACAAUCUACUUUGUCAACUAUUACAAGACUAUCAUCAGUACGAUAUACAAACUCUUUGAUUAACUAAACUAUAUAUAUUGAUUAUAAAUAAGA